UUGACGUUUCCUAUUUACUAAUAAUUUUCAGUGUAAUCUUAUUUUCCACAAUUUCGAUCCGAUUAAUUCUUUUGCAUAUUCUACAACAAUAUGCUAAAAAUAACAAAGAAAUUUUCGUAAAUAUAUUUAGUUGUGAAUAUACGCUAUAUUUUGCAUCGUUUGCAAAAAACAAUCAUUCCUUGACGUCACUUAACAGCUGAGCGAAAACUGUUGCGAAGUAGAAUUCUAUUAAAAAUAUAAUUUUUAUGUAUCUAGAGCUGAACUUCUAUUGAACAUUGCAUAUAUUUGUAAGCAACAGUUAAAGAAAAAAUAAGCCGGAGAUGUUAAAAUUUGCUGGACAAGGCAUUACGCCGCGCAUAGUUGCUGGCUUGGCAGGUAUCACACAAAGUAAUUGCCAACAUGUAGUUUCGGGGGUCAGUACGGUACUUCAGAAGUUCAUAUCGCAAAACCACUCUUAUAACCGUAAAGUCGAUGUCAAGGACCACUACGAAUUUGAUCAAAAGGUGAUAAACAAUGACAAUCCAGUUGUUGUCAAUUUUCAUGCAGAAUGGUGUGAUCCAUGCAAAAUACUUACACCAAAAAUGAGCGAACUGUUAGAUGAUUCUGAAGAGAUCGACUUGGCUACCAUAGAUGUGGAUACAAAUUCUGAAUUAGUGGAGACCUUCGAAGUAAAAGCCGUGCCUGCUGUACUAGCAUUCCGUAACGGCGUCGUGGUUGAUAAAUUUAUUGGACUAGUGGAUGCAAAUAGUAUAGAAAGUUUAAUCAACAAGUUGAAACGCAAGAAAAAACAAGCCGACGAAGCUGCCGGGAGUGCGAAGGAUAAAUAAGACACGAUGUCUCAAAAAGUUACUUUCACUUAUAUUUCAAGCGUGCUGGAUAAGUGGCAAACAACGAGAUGGAAGAUUAUUUGUGUAUUUCGUAUGUAAGUUUUUAUUUACACAUUGUAUUUUCUCUUAAAUAUUUUGACGUACGUAAUACGAUUUUAUAAUAAUGUGCGAUAUUAACAUAUAAAAUAUAAACAAAUAAGAUGUGGCAAUAUUAUACCCGACUCACAAACUGACAAUUUCUGUAAA